AUGGAGGCCCCGCGCGGGGAACGGGCCCGCUGGCUGGGGACCCUCCUGGCCGCCUGCCUGGCCACCCUGCCCGUCAUCAGCGCCUGUCCCCGGCCCUGCGCCUGCCACGGCCCCGCCGAGCUCCACUGCACCUUCCGCUACUUCAGCGCCGUCCCCCCGCGCAUCCCCGCGGACGUGCAGCGCAUCAACCUGGGCUACAACAGCCUGAGAAAACUGAGCCCUACAGACUUCGCUGGCCUGGAGAAACUGGAGUUACUGAUGCUGCACAGCAAUGAGAUCAGUGUGAUCCCUGAGAGGGUGUUCAGUGAUUUACGGUCACUACAGGUCUUAAAAAUGAGUUACAACAAGGUCAGGGUGCUUCAGCAGGGUGUGUUUUAUGGCCUGAAGAGCUUGGCACGGCUGCAUAUGGACCACAACCAAAUUGAAUUUGUAAAUCCCAAUGUUUUCUAUGGACUCACUUCCCUGAGGUUGGUCCACCUGGAUGGAAAUUUACUUCAGCAGUUGCAUCCAGACACUUUUGUCACCUUCCACUAUAGCCAAAUAUUCAAAAUAUCCUUCCUGAAGCACAUCUCUUUGUCUGACAAUAUGCUGACUUCACUUCCACAAGAAAUGUUUUCCUACAUGUCCGAGCUCGAGAGCAUUUACCUGCAUGGAAACCUCUGGUCCUGUGAUUGCAGCCUGCAGGGGUUCACAGAGUGGGCACAGGAGAGACCAGAUGUUAUAAAGUGUAGAAAAGACAGAAGUUCUGGUGCCCAGCAAUGCCCAGUCUGUGCUAGUCCCAGAAAUCAUAAUGGGAAGAGCUUAAUGGAUCUUCCUUCUGCAUCUGUCACCUGCAAUAAGCCAGUCAUACACGACUUCCUGAAAUCCAGAAACCUCACAGUGCCAGACGAUGGGGAUUUCGGUUCCGUGUCUCCCAAGGACUUCAUAGCUCCGAUAGGAUCCGUGGUUUUGAACAUGACUGACCAAGCAGGAAAUCGAGGCAACGUGGUCUGCAAUGUCCAAAAACCUAAAGAAAUGUCUCCCACCUCAUUUGACCAAGAUGGCAGCAGCACAGUGCUCCAAACCUCGUUCUCAGCAUUCCUGGUGUGUGGCAUCGAUCACGGACACAUCCAGCAGCUGUGGAGCAUCCUGGCACUGUACAGCAAUUCUCCCUUGAAAUUGGAGCGGACUGCUCAGGCAACUGAUGUGCCUUUUAUUAGUUACAAAUAUAAACAGGUCUACACUGAAAAAGAUGAACUUUUCACCAAUAUUGAGGCUGACCUGAGAGCUGAGCCAGCCUGGCUGAUGCAGAGCGUGGUGGCACUGCAGCUGGACAGGACAGCAACCACGCUCAGCACGCUGCACAUCCACUACUCCACCCGUGCCCGGGUCAGUGUGCCCAGUGCUGACAGCAGCCAGGGCAGCAACAACUGGGCCAUCAUCUACAGGGACAACAGCACCCAGAGAGAGCACACUGUGCUCGUCGGGGGGACCGUGGAACUGGGGUGCCAGGCAGCUGGGGAGCCAGCCCCUGCCGUGGAGUGGAUAUUGGCCGAUGGGAGCAGAGUGCGAGCUCCUCACAUCAGCGAGGACGGGAGAAUCAUCAUCCUCAGGGCCGGAACACUGACCUUGCGCACGGCUGAUGUGUUUGACACAGGGCUCUACCACUGCAUCGGCUCCAACAGCAACGAUGCCGACGCUCUGACGUUCAGAAUCACGGUGGUGGAUCCUCACGUGGAACACGACAGCGUAAAUGGAGCCCAGCUGUCGGCAGCUGUGGGCAGCACACUGCACCUGCCCUGCACAGCCACGGCUGCUCCCGACGCUGCCAUUACCUGGGUGUUGCCUGAGCUCACAGUUCUUCGUCACUCUGUAGGAAACAAACAUAUUUUUGGCAAUGGCACCUUGAGAGUAGAAGGGGUGACAGAGCGAGAUGGAGGGUACUUCCGAUGCAUUGCAGCCAACCAGUACGGUGUUGACCUUCUGGUUUUCCAAGUGCUAGUGAAACGGGAUGAAACCGCUCCAAAGAAAAGGCUUGGAGCUGUGGGAGAGUGGGAAGAGGGUGAUGGCUCUGGUAACGCACUGCUGGGCUCUGCUGCAGCACAGACACAUCCCUCAGCCACUCCAACCACCCUGACAGCUCAUCCGAAAUCCGCUGCAUCACCAUCCGGCAGCCGGGGCACACAGAGCGCACCUCAAAGGAACAGCCACAGGAAAAUGCCUCACAGGCCCUACAGGGACAGAACAGGCAGGCUCAGGCGGCUCAGGGGGCACAGGAGACAGUUUGUUUCCUCAGGCAGGAGAGUCGAUCCACAGCGCUGGGCAGCCUUGUGGGAGAAAACUAAGAGAAACUCAACACUGACAGACAAACGGGGAGAAGUUGCAACAGAACCACCCAUUCAAGUCCAAAAGUUCUCAGAGGUACCUGGGGCUGACGAGGAGACCUCUGGUGAUCUCGGAUCUCCAGAGGAAGAAUUCAUGAUGCCAGUAACAGAGAGAGCCCCAGUACCUGCUCUGGGGAGACCAAUGGAACGUGUGAUCACUGCAGGGCCCGGGGGCACUGUGAGUCACACUCCUGCCAGGAAAACCUCCCUCCUGGUCACAGAGGCAGUAACUCCUCUACCCUCUCCUCUUCCACAGUCUGUGUCACCUGGCAGCAGAAGGCCACAAACAUAUCCAAAACCUACAGACUCAUGGGAAAGAUCUGAUUUGAGUCAAAUAUCAGCAAAUGGUGUGAAACAAUCAACCGUAUCAAGUGGAGCAAGUGGAACAUCCACAGUCUUCCCUGCUGGGCAAAGGCUGGUGUAUUCUGGGCAGGGUAAUAACCAGCAUCUAAAAUCUGCACCCAUGACACCCAUGACAGAAGCUACAGACACCAGUAAGGCUGUAGCUCCCCAAAACACAAUUGACAAGAUACAUGUUUUUACUGAGUCUAUUGAAAAGGUUUCCACCAAAACAGAUCACCAGGUCCCUGUGGUGACAGUCAGUGCACCAAGCCCUGAGGUUGGUCCCAUUUAUUCUCAUGCUGCUCAGAAAGGAGGAACCCCUAGGCCAGCAGUGGCCUCAACUAUCACUACUCAUCAGCCAGCUUGGGUUAUCCAGGACGUUCCAACUCACACACCCCAGCUCCAGCAGCAGUAUGGAAGACGAAGGAAAAUUUCUGGUCGGAGACAGAUUGUGAGACCAGGACGUAUCCCAAGUUUGAAAGAGCACCGAUACAAUUUUGGGAGGGCAGGGUCUGCCAGAGGAAAUACAGCUGUGGCUGCAGGUGUUCAACUGAAUAUGAAAUAUGUAUCAAAUGUACCAACCUUAAAUAAUUUAAGCAGCUCCAUCAACUCAUUUAGCCCAGAAGCCCCCCUGUCCUCCCCCUCCACCAUGAAUUUGCCAUUGGAGCAAAUGGGUACCCCUCAAAACACAUUGUUCCUCAAGGAAGAGGAAAACGAACAUAGUGCAAGGCAAAAAGCUGCUACCACAGUCACGUCUGUCACUACAAAGGGCACUGCUACUACUCGCAACCCUACCAAACUGUUGGGUUUGAAGCCAACAGUCACAUCUUUUAUUACUCUUCGAUCUGACACUAGAAUCACCAAAAGUAAAAUAUUAAGAGUGGGAGGAAGGAGAGGUCAGAGGAGGAAGAAGCCCCCUAAAACAUCUGCCCUGCAGCAUGUGGCUGCAGCCCACAGCACUGCAGCCACCCCCCCCGUGAGCACAGCCACCCCCGUGGUGACAGCAGGUACAUCACCAGCUGUGUCUCCAAGUCUUACACCUGCAAAACCUCUCCCUGGGAGCGUCAGCGCCGUCGCUGUAACCGAAACACCAGCACUGUGGAUCUCUGACACCCCAGAGCCACCUCAGCAUGUACCCACAGCAGCCACACAGACCCUGGUGACCCCGGUCACACAGAGGAGCUCCCAGCUGGCCACGUCACUGCCCACCAGUCCGACUGCUCACAGCCCCACCACCUCCACCACAGCUCUCCAAACCCCACCAUGGCUGGAUGAGCCUCCUGGUGCUGCAAGUGCCCAACCUGCUGCAGUCAGUGCCACAUCAGGGGCAGCAUCUGCUCAGCACAUCAGAGCCACUGCCAUGGCAGGAGAAUUCCACCUGAAAAUGGGGGAGACAGUUAGCAAGGAAAACCAGGCAGCACAGCCCACAUUCCCAGCAAGAACUGUGUCAAGUGCUCCUGCUGCACUCACAGACAUCAUCAUUCCCAGCACUCAGCAUCCCACCCCUCUGCCAGCCCCGAUGGCAGCUGUGCCACUUGCACCUACUGUGAGAGCCCACCUGCCUCCAUGGGAGCAUGUCCAGUUCUGGCCCAGGCCACGUACCAAAGGCACAGAGAGGGGCAACACGCUGACUGUCGGGACACUGACCACACCGAAGUCAUCACAGACAGCAGCUCCGUGGGGAAGGGACAAGGACAGCUCUGCCAGAGGCUGGUCUGAAUGGAGACAAGAUCAAGAAACCACCACCACCCCCCCCAGUCCCAUCGUCUUGGGCUCUGCAAGCACAAACCAUUUUGCAAAGCCCAGAAUAGUUGGAGGGAAAUUGGCUGCUUUCACUGUGCUGGCAAAUUCUGACGCUUUUAUUCCUUGUGAAGCUACUGGGAACCCCCGCCCAGCAAUACACUGGACCAAGAUAUCGUCAGGGCCCGACGCUCCGGGGCGCGGCGGUGCCGGCAGGUGGGUGGUGUUUGCCAACGGGACGCUGUCCAUCCCCCAGGUGGGCCUGGGGGACCGCGGGCAGUACCUGUGCACCGCGGCCAACGCGCUGGGCACGGCACGGCUCCUGCUCACCCUGUCGGUGGUGGCCUACCCGCCCCGCAUCGCCGGCACCCGCCACCGGCUCCUCACCGCGCACGCCGGCAACACCGUGACCGUGUCGUGCAAGGCCGAGGGCAGGCCCCCUCCCACCAUCUCCUGGGUGCUGGCAAAUAACACCCACCUCUCCAGCUCCUCCGCAGGACAUGACAAAGCUCACGUGGAAGCAGACGGCACUUUAGUCAUCCGGGAAGUCACCGUGUACGACAGGGGCCUCUACACCUGCCUGGCCAAAAACCCCGCGGGCACCGACACGCUGGCUCUGAGGCUGCAGGUCGUUGUGGCCCCUCCCACCAUUCUGGAGGAGAAGAGACAAAGCAUGGAAGGAAAGAUGGGGGAAAGCCUGAAAUUCCCUUGCACAGUGCAAGGGAACCCUCAGCCCACUGUCCAUUGGGUCCUCCCUGAUGGCACAGCAGUGAAGCCUCUGCAGUUGGUACACACGAGGCUGUUCCUGUUCUCCAAUGGCACCCUCCACCUCGGCAGCAUCGGCCCUUCCGACGGCGGGAACUACGAGUGCAUAGCCACGAGCUCCAGCGGCUCGGACAGGAGGGUGGUCAGCCUCGUGGUGGAGCACAGGGACACGCUUCCAAAGAUAGCCAUCACCUCUCAAGAACUGACUCACCUGAAUUAUGGAGAUAAGUUGCUUCUGAACUGCACAGCAACCGGGGAGCCCAAGCCCAGGAUCAUGUGGAGGUUGCCCUCCAAGGCUGUGGUGGACCAGUGGCACAGAAUGGGAAGUCGGAUCCAUGUCUACCCCAACGGAUCCCUGGCUAUUGAGGCAGUCACUGAAAAGGAUGCAGGUGAUUACCUGUGUGUCGCAAGAAACAGACUUGGGGAUGAUCUGAUCCUGAUGAGAGUCAGCAUCACAAUGAAACCUGCCAAGAUUGACCACAAGCAGCACUUCAAGAAACUGGUGCCAUAUGGCAAGGAUUUCAGAGUGGACUGCAAGGCCUCAGGGUCGCCCACGCCAGAAAUAUCUUGGGGUCUGCCAGAUGGAACGUUGGUCAACAACGCAAUGCUGGCGGAUGACAGCGGGCACAGGUCCCGCAGGUACGUCCUCUUUGACAAUGGGACUCUGUACCUCAACAAAGCUGGGGUGACAGAAGGAGGAGAUUACACCUGCUAUGCCCAAAACACUCUGGGGAGGGAUGAGAUGAAGAUCCGUGUCACAGUCAUCGUGGCAGCCCCUCAGAUAAAGCACAAUUACAAGACAUACGUUACAGUGUCAGCUGGACACACGGCACUGCUGGACUGUGAAGCUGCUGGAGAUCCCAGGCCACAGAUAUUCUGGUUGCUGCCUUCCAGUGAGAUGAUCUCCUCGUCCACGGGCAGACACUUCCUGCACACCAACGGCUCUCUCUCCAUCAGCCACGUCAAACUGCUGGAUGCUGGGGAGUACAUGUGUGUGGCUCGGAACCCUGGUGGGGAUGACACCAAACUGUAUAAGCUGGAUGUGGCUGGUAAACCCCCCAUCAUAAACGGCCUAUACAGGAACAAAACAAUCAUGAAGGUAACAGCAGUGAGGCACUCAAAGAAACACAUUGACUGCCGGGCAGAGGGGACACCUGCCCCUCAGAUUAUGUGGGUCAUGCCUGAUAACAUUUUCCUAACAGCCCCGUAUUAUGGGAGCAGGAUCGUGGUGCACAAAAAUGGGACACUUGAGAUUCGGAAUAUCAGGCCUUCGGACACGGGGGAUUUCAUCUGUGUGGCACGGAACGACGCGGGAGAGAGCGUGCUGGUGGUGCAGCUGGAGGUCACAGAAAUGCUACGGCGACCAAUGUUCAAAAACCCAUUCAACGAAAAAAUAAUAGCAAAACCUGGGAAAACUAUCACACUGAACUGUUCUGUGGAUGGAAACCCUCCCCCAGACAUAAGCUGGAUGCUGCCCAAUGGCACAUGGUUUUCCAGCAGCAUCAGCACGUCCCAGUUUCUCACAGGAAGCAAUGGGACCCUGACCAUCUACAGUCCCAGGAGAGACCAAGCCGGGCGGUACCGCUGUGCUGCCCGGAACCAGGUUGGCUAUAUUGAAAAGCUGAUCGUCCUGGAGGUUGCCCAGAAGCCCAAUAUCCUCACCCACCCCGUGGGGCUGGUGAAGGGCGUCAGCGGGGAGCCGCUGUCCCUUCACUGCCUGGCCGAGGGGAGCCCCAAGCCCAGCACCACGUGGACACUGCCGGGGGGCCGCGUGCUGGACCGGCCGCAGGUCAGCGGGAGGUUCCUGCUGCUGGAGAACGGCACCCUGGUCAUCAGGGCGGCCACCGCCCACGACGGGGGCACUUACGUGUGCCGGGCCCGCAACGACGCCGGCGACUCCUCCGUGAGCGUGGCCGUGGCCGUGGCCGCCCACGCCCCGCGCAUCACGGGCAGGCCCCCGCCCGCCCUGCACACCGUGCCGGGGGCAGCCCUGCAGCUCCACUGCACCGCCCUGGGGACACCCAAGCCGGACAUCACCUGGGAGUUACCUGACCGCUCCACGCUCUCCACAGCUCACCAGGGCCGAGGGGCUGGGGGUGAGCUGCUGCACCCCACCGGGACUUUGUUCCUCCAGAACCCCCGACCCUCCAGUUCCGGCAUGUACAAGUGCACGGCCAGGAACCCCCUGGGCAGUGACUUCGCAGUAACAUACGUCCACGUCAUCUGAAGUCAGACGUGCAGCAGGAAUGAUGGUGAACACGGGCUGCAGCUGGACUGAGGUCAUCCUUGGAAUGAGUUUAAUCAAAGGCAUCCAGAGGCACCGAGUGCCUGGAAAACAUUUACAAUAUUCAGUCUGCAGUGACUGGGCAAAAGGAGAGAGGAAGGGGAAAAUUAGCUCUAGCAUUGUUAGCUAGCAUUGCUUCUCUCCAUGUUCAAGGGAUUUAAAUUAAAGCAAACUCUGCCAGCAAACAUAGACCAUCAAACACAAUUUACUUUCUGGAAAUGUACACAGAGAGCUCCUGUAUGGACAGACUUUUUCAGUACUGCCCACCCGGUAUGAUUGUCAUAAGCACAGAUCAUAGAGAGCAAGAACAUCUGGGAACUAAAGAGCAGGUUUAUUG